AUGCAGCACUGUUUCGCCAUGUUCGAUACGCGGGUCUCGCCGGAUCGGCCCGUCUCACCGGUGAGUUCCGCCUCUUCCGCGGAGGUCACCGCCGGGCACGACAUCUCAACUAUUAACCGUACACUGGAUGUCUCAUCUAUUCACGAUGAUGCGUGGUUAAUGGAUGUAGGUGUUCGUCAUUGGAUUCGCGUCACCCAUUUGGAUACAAGCACAAACAGUAAGGCACUUAGAUGUAUGUUUUAUCCAUACGGCGGAGAUGAGGCAUUUCUUCUCUGGGAUAACGGGGUUGUAGGAUAUGUUGGGUUUGAGAAUAAGUGUAUGGCAGAUCUCGCCGUAGAGAAGAUGGAUGCAUUUAUUCCAUGUCGACAGACACAAGCACUACGUGUUACUCAUGUGAGUUUGGAAGAAGUUCUUAUUUCCAAAAGUACAGCCCCCUUUUCAAAUCAGAAGAGUUUGGUUCAAUUACUUUACUCGGAUUGUCCUGUAAGUUUUAUUACACAAGUCAUUGAAUGCCAUAAACAACCAAGUUCUUGUGCUGUUGAAUUGGUGGAUGAAAUUAAUCGAGGUUCUUCUUCUAUACUUUCUCGUGUUUUGGGAGCCCUUGCUGGAUUAAAACAGAGUUGGAUUUCAAUGGAAGAAUUUCGUGAGGCAGUUACCCGACACUUAUUAAGACAUAUUAUUGCUUAUGACUCAAGAGAAACUGGCACUAACUGUGGAGUUAUGCUAGGUGAGUUGUUUGUGAUGGAAUUCUUAACAGGUGAUCCAUUCCAUUUGGCUACACGUAUAUUUGAACGUGGUGUUCAUUGUGCAGCUCAGAUUGAUAAUAUUUGUGCUAUUGCUCACGCUUGUGCUUCUAUGCCAUUUCCAAUAUCUAAAGCUUCUUUUUGGGCAAUGAUGGGACAAGCAUCUCUUCAAUUGGAUGAUCCACUUCGUUCUACUAUUCGAACUCAUUUAAGACAAUUUCAACAUUCCACAGGUGUAUUCUCUCCGGUUCAUUCUAAUUCCAUUACACCAAAGAAAAGUUGGUCCGCUAAUAGCGUGAAUAGCUCAUCCUUUUUAUUACCGGAGUCCAAGUCAAGAACAGUGUACAUUUCUCAUCUCCCUCCACUUUUAUCACAGAAGAUAUUUAUGGAAUUAUUAACCAUGUGUGGUACAGUUAAUAAGGUUCGUGUGUGUCGUGGAAAUGGAUACAGUACACUAUUUGCAUUUGUGGAAAUGUCUACUUCUGAAGAAGCGAAGGCAACACUUCGACUUAGUCGGAUGAAUGUACUUGGAUGCAGUAUUCGUGUACAGAUUGCACGUAAUCCAAUUCAAGAUGCUCAAGCUGAUGACGCUGUCGUUGAUGGUAGUGGAAUCACCACAAGGAGUUGUCUAUUCGGACAAUGCGUGGGAACUUUGGCAGCCGCUGCAGAUAUGGGUGGAAAGAGUCCCAGCAAAUAA